UGCAUCCUUAAUUACAGAAUAAGGUAUUUUUGUAACAAUUUCUUUUAACGUAUUUUAAAAAUUCAAAUCCCUACAAAUGUUUUCAGUCCAUUGUUUAUCAAUUUUGUUUUUCUCACAAAAUAAUCAUUUUUAAUUUAAUUUGUUUAAAUCUAGUUAAUUAAGUGCAAAAUGAACUUUUUAAGAAACCCAGAUGAUCAAGCUGCAGAUGAUCUGAUAAAGGAGUAUGGAAGAUUCAUAAGGAACUACCAGGAAAUGACUUCAAAUUUGACAAUCGGAAAAUCGGCACCAACUCAAUAUAUUCAAUUAAUUUGCGACCAAAAUCCUGAAAAUAUCUCAAUGAUUGAAUUACUAGAUUCUGAGAAUAAGCUAAUGACAAAGGUAUUGAUAGUAUUUUUUCAUCUUAAUAAAGAGGCAAGGAAGUUAACGAAGCAUUCCAAAGUUAUUGCUAAUAAGCUAAUUAUAAUUGAAGACGAGAUAAUCAGUGUGAAUGAACUGGCUGGAUCUUCUGGAGAGAAUUUGCAGGAUAAUGCAUUAGUUAAAUUCAGUUAUGCUUUAGAGGAUCUCGUUGAUAUGAAAUUUGUGAUCCAGAAUACAAUAUAUUUGUCUGUAAAUAUAUUUCAACAAUACUGUGCAUUAUUUUCAAUGGACAAACUCUUACACAUAACUCCAACGACUCAAUUCCCAUCAAAUUUAGAUGAUGUGCUUCUUUUAUUCCGAAACUUGAUGGUUUUUGACUUGAUAUUUAAGAGUGGGGUCUACAAAAUGUAUCUCGAGCAAUACAGUAAUAUGCUGUUUGAGCAGCAAAUGGAAGAAGAUGAUCGGUAUUUAAAUUUACAAAAUACUCUACACGAAUUGGACCUUUUAUUGGAUGGAAAUAUCUUGCAAAUAGCACUCGACAAUAUAAUUGCCAUAAAAGAACGAGUUAAAGCCAAGAAUCUAAAAUUGCUAGAAAAUUUUAUGUUAUCGUACAUUAAAAAUCUUAUCUAUGGAAUCAACUUAAUGGGCAAUAACAUUUCGGAAUUAAGUGAUACUGAAGAUAUAAUAAAACUUAAUAUUGCUGUUGUUAUGUAUCAGAAGAUGUUUGACAAUUUAGACCCAAAGCACUUUAGAUUAAUUAUAGAUAUCAAUUACAAAUAUCCAGCAAUAAUCAUUCAAGGAAAUAUCAUUUGGAAUGGAAAUGAAUUUCUUAAAAUGUAUUUGUCUUCAUUAGAAAAGACAAAUGUGGAUAUUGACAAAUAUCAGCAAAAUUAUCUCAAGCAAAGAGUCAAUGAGCUGCAAAAAGAGACACUGCAUUACACAAGUCAGGUUCUUCUUUGGAUUCUCCAAAUCCAUCAACAAGCUAAAUACGGCAACAACAAUUUAAAUGAAGCUAUGCUACAAUCUCGUUGCGAAUUAUAUUUUCAAGGUCUAACUUUAGCCGGUGAAAUGAAUUUUCUAAUUAAGUCCCUUGUCAAUUUGCAUGCAAAGUUUGGACAGUUGCUGUCAAAACAAGUUGUUUCAGCUAUAUAUAAAUUGAUAGAAAACUUGAGGCUAAUUAAAUCAACAUAUGAAGAUAAGUCAAUCUUUAUUGUUGAUUCGAUUGCAUUUGUUUUUCAAUAUUUGCAAUUUCAUGCAUUAAAUGUUGUGGGAUUAUGUAAGAAGAAGGUCAUGAUGGAAGGGAAAAAAGAGAGGAAAUUUGAUUUAUCAACAACUUUGGUGCUCGUUGAAAAACUUUUGUACGGAACUGUCUCGAUAAAUAAUUUGAGUGCAAUUGGAUUAUCUUUAAACUUGACUGAACCUUUUAAAGAUUUCGGUAAUGAGUAUCCAAUCAGAUUGUUGAAGUUACUUGAUCACAUGAUGAAUUUAUGUCGCUUAGAAGAGAAUAUAGAAAAAGUUUGUGAUAGUACAUUCCUGUUCUGGCAUCAAAAUCUCAUUGAUUCGAAUUUUAAGCAACAGCUGGAAGCAUCAAUCGAUGAGAGAAGAAUCAAUUUAAUGUUUGAAUCUAUCGAUGAUUGUUUAAAGAACUGCAAUUAUGAGCAAAUGGAUAAUGUGAAGAAUUUCCAUCCAUUUGUGGAAAGCAAUUUUACUGAAAAUGUCAUUCGAAAACUUUGUAACUCAAUCGAAAUUAAUUUGAGACUAGAUUUUCAUUCAAAUCUACAAGUUGAAAAGUUCAAUCCAUUUGAUACAAAUAGCAAAAUAAUUAUAGAAGAUCAUCGUGAAUUAAUAAAAUUAAAGCCAGCAGUUAUUAAUCAUGAAUAUGUUUCGGUUCAGGAUGAUGUGGAAUUUUAUUUAAGCAAAAUGUUUUAUAAUCUGACAACAAUCUCGCUCAAGGAUUGGAGAACUUAUGAAGAAAUGAGGAGAUUAGCGCAAACGAAAUAUCUUUUAUAUACUGUUGAUGACCAUUUGCCAACACAAACAUUAGACCAAGGAAUUGAUGUAUUACAAAUUAUGAGAAAUAUUCACCUUUUCGUGUUGCGUUUUACUUACAAUUUAAAUAAUCAAAUUUUUGUUGAAUCACUUGCAAAUAAUAAUCAGCAUUUUAAUACAAUUGGAAUUAAGAACAUUGCAAAUUCACUUUCGACCCAUGGAUUUGGAAUUAUCAAUACGACAAUUAAUUUUGUAUAUCAAUUUUUAAGGAAGAAGCUCUCGAUUUUCUCGCAAGUUAUUUAUGAUGAGAAAAUCAAGUCUCGACUAUCGCGUGAAAUGAAAAUUCUUCGUGAAAAUAUUGCAAUAGAUAAAAAUAGUGAAGUUUAUAGCUUUGAUCGAGCUCAUGCACUUCAUGAUUAUAUUAAAAAUUUGGAAUCAUUUGAAGGAAAUCAAACAUUAAUGGACAAAAUUCGGACUUUAAUUUCAACAAUUGGAAAUGCUCUUGGCUAUAUUCGAAUGAUAAAAAGUGGAAUCAAUCAUGUGAAUUCUAAUUCAAUUUCAUUUAUUCCCAAAACAUUGUCUGACGAUGAACAAUUGGAAUUAAUGAACAUGUGCCAGAAUAGCAAUUUGAGUCAACAUACUGUUGAUGCUUCAAAAUAUCUCGAAAAAGAUGUUGCACAGGCAACGAAGAAAAUUGCUGAGGGAUCCCUUUAUUUUAAGAUGUUAAUUUCAACCUUUUCACCAUAUUUUCGAAAUCCAAAGAACGCUCACCUUAAGAAUUUCUACAUUUUUAUACCGGCUUUGACAAUCAAUUAUAUUAAAUACAUCCUCAAGUCAAAAGAUCGUUUAAAGAAGAAUCAAGAUGAAAUUGUCUUUACGGAUGAUGGAUUUAGUAUGGGAUUAGUGUAUAUCCUCCGACUGCUAGAUCAACUAUCAGAAUAUAGUUCAUUAAAUUGGACCCGAACAAUUAGAAGUAAAAUAAAGGCUGAUAAGGAGAAAAUACUAAAGCAAAGGCAAGAGCUCGAGAAAGCUAAUAAAAAUAACGAUGAAAAAUUAUUGCAGACACUUCUACUCAGCGAGAUGAGAAUAAAUGCCUUUCAGACAGAAUUUGAAUUGCUUUUGUACAACAUUAAUAGUUGUAAAAUUUUCUUUCAAAGCUAGAAAAGCAAACAAUUUGCGCGAGUCAACGCACCGUUUAGUUAUUGUGCCUUUUCAUUCAACGCUUCAAAUUCCAAGUUGAUUCAGUUUUUUUAUUUCUAAUAAAAUUAUAAAUUUGUUUUCCUAAAAUGCUUGAUUAUAAAAUUAGCUUAUCAGUUUUCGGGAAUAUUUUGACUCAAGGGAAACUUUUGGAAUUAAAUACACACUUUAACUUACUGACUACUUCAUUAUGUGUCGCUUAAACUAAUAGAUACGUAAAUGGUUCCAGUGAUAAAAUAGGAAACUCUAGUCCUAAGUCUAAAAUUUGGGCGUUUUGAUUGUAAAACCUCACAUUAUUUGCCAUACCUGAUUACCAAAAUUUUAAACUAAAUCAGGCACAACUUUCUGCAGUUUUCAGAAAAUAGACUUGAACAUUUUCUAAAUAUUCAAUUAAGAUUUUAAUAAG